AUGUGGAACUUCUUACUUCCAGCCUUGAGCCUCUUGAUGCUUUGCUCUCUUAUAUAUGUUCGUGCCCCGGGAGUGGCUCCAAGACUAGGCCAGAAAUUUACCAAUGUACAAGGAACGUAUUGGAAUGGUGCCACUUAUGCUGGAAGUUGUCUUUUACAAAGUUAUCGACAACCUCAAAAUCUCGAAUAUGUGGCCGUCGCCAAGGAUCUCAAUGGAGACGCAGAAUAUUGUGGGGCAUGUAUCAAAGUCACUCCGCUUGACGGAAAGAGACCACCAGUCGUCGCGGUAGUUUCCUCCUAUUGCGCCAAUUGCCCACCGGGAGCAAUUGAUAUGCCCCAGGCAAUGUACAAUGGGCUGAUGGGAGAUGCACCCAAACGGCCGGGGGUGGAUAGGUUUAAUUGGGAGGUGGUAGCUUGUCCGUUCAACAGAGAAAAGCCCAAGAUCAUCAACAAGCAAGGUGCCUCCAAGUUCCAUCUAUCAAUGUUGAUCGCCGACUCGAGCUUCCCGAUUGCCAGUGUCGCCAUCCAAUCCGGCAAUCGGUGGUUUCCAGCUCAAAGGACCGACUACAACUGUUGGGAGAUUCCCCAUCAGCCUGUCCUCGCUGCCCGGGUCAACGUCAAGGUCACCUGCACCAAUUCCCGCCUCUUUACUGUCAACAAUGUCGACCCGUCUAGCACGACCCCCAUCGAAGCUCCUGCCGGAUGCUGA